AUGGUUCAAUGGCAUUUGAGUUUAUCCCCUUCAAUUUUUGUUUCACCUACUGGUCUUGGUAGUGUGUUUAAAGGGGCUAUUUCAAGUUGGUUUUUGGAGUUCGAAGGAGGUUGGAGUGGCGGUUUUGGUGGCUAUGUUUCUAGUCCGGAGCGAGAGGUUGUUGAGGCAUGUUUCAAAGCUGGUUUUAGGGGGUUUGGCAAGCAUGUUUCAAGGGUGGAGACGCUAGAGUUGUGGGAUAGUGAGGGCUCGAAUAAGGGCGAGAGAGAGAGGGCUGGAGAGGCGAGUUUGGGCGUGAUUGGUCCGUUACUUAUAGGUGAGGUCUGGUUGGGCGCUACGAGCUAUAGGGCGAGAGGAAGCUCGGACGAGGGAGGCUAUGGCUUGUAUGGGCGAGGAAAGCUAGCCGGCGAGAAGGAGCUUGGGUAA